CAGCGCGGCGCGGGGCGGGGCGGGGCGGGGCGGCCUUUGGCGGAGCGGUGCUAAGAUGGCGCUGCUGCUGCUGCGGGACCCGCUGAACUCCCGGGCGCGGCCGCUGCCGCUGCCCCCCGGCGGCGGCUCCGUGCGCGGCCUCCUGCGGGACUGCGCCCGGCGGCUGCGUAUUCCCGAAGAAAGUUUAUACGUGAAGUGCAACGGGCGGCUGGCUAAUGAUGACGAUGUUCUCCAGAAUGGCGUGGUGUAUAGCCUGGAACCGAGGCUUUGUGGUGGAAAAGGAGGAUUUGGAUCUAUGCUGCGAGCACUUGGUGCACAGAUUGAAAAGACAACAAAUAGAGAGGCUUGCCGAGAUCUCAGUGGAAGGAGACUUCGAGAUGUCAAUCAUGAAAAAGCGAUGGCUGAAUGGGUGAAGCAGCAAGCAGAACGGGAAGCAGAAAAAGAGCAAAGGCGCUUGGAAAGGCUGCAGCGGAAACUUGCAGAGCCAAAGCACUACUUUAUAAAUCCAGAUUACCAGCAGCAGUGUCAUGAAAUGGCUGAGCGGCUAGAAGAUUCAGUCCUUAAAGGAUUGCAGGCCACUUCAAGCAAAGUAGUGUCACCGGGAAGUGGCAAUAGCCGGAAGCGUCCAGGUGAAUCUGGAAAGAAUGGAACAAAAUAUGGAAAGAAAAAAUGCUUUUUGCUGGGAUUGGAAGGAUUGGAUGAUACUGACAGUUCAGAUUCUGACAACGACAGUGAAAACGAUUCCCCUCAUGCAUCUGACGGAAGUUGUCCAUCAGGCAGUGGAUAUAGUGAAAACGCUGGCAAUUCAAACAAAUGUUCAAACAGCCCUGUGGAUCCAGCAGAACAUAGUCCAGUUACUGAGAAGGCACCGGAGCAGCCAGAAGUUAGUGGAAGAGACCUGCAAAGGGAGAUGCACAAAGGUGGGCAAACUGAAAUUCCAGCUGAUGAAAACAGUAAAAUGACAGAGCCCCAGAAGGAAGAGGCCCAAGAAAACAAUGAAGUAACCCAAGCCGUGAAAGAAGAGGUGCAAGAAAAUGUUUCUUCCAAGGUGCAGGAAAUGGACCAGUCACAGAGCACAGAGGUGGAACCAAUAGACCUACUCACGUUCAACUCUGCUGCUGAAAUGGAAGUGCUGGGUUUAGAUAAACUGAAGGUGGAAUUGAUGGCUUUAGGACUGAAAUGUGGAGGCACUUUACAGGAAAGAGCAGCAAGGCUUUUCUCAGUGAGAGGUCUCACUAGAGACCAGAUCAAUCCUUCCUUAUUUGCAAAGCCACCUAAAGGGAAAAAAGCGAAAGUUUAAAUUAUUUUGCGUCUGUGUACUUUUAAGUUUUCCUUAUUCUGUUUCCAUUCUGUACUGCCACAGAAUUCUUUGUUAUCACCGGAUAGUUUUCUGUUUCUAUUUUUAAUGAAGUUUAGUUAACAUAACACAGUAAGUUGCUCAAUAGUGAGUUAGUUUUGUGCUCAUUGUACAGGAGUGGUAUAGUAUUCUUUACAAAUGGUUAUAACAAGUCUUAAUGUGACAGAACAAAAUUGCUGCAGACGGGAAGAAAUAACCUGAAUAUCUUGAAUUUGAUGGUUCUAUGACACUGUCGUCAUUUAUUUUAAGAAGUAUCAAUCCUUUCUUGGAUUUAAUUUGAUUCUCCUUUAAUAUGUAUUCAAGAUAGCACAGUUACAACUGUCAAAAGAUAAACAUCAGACUCAUAAACUUCAGCUUUUAAGCCUAAGUAAUAUAAAAAGAACAUUUUUAUAUGGAUGAGGAUAGUAUAAAUACUGUUCUAUGAAUUUGUGAGAUGUCAGGUAUCAAUACGAUAUCAGUUAAUAAUUGAUAUAAGUAUUUCUUUUAUAAGAACUAGUUAAAUAAACAAAUUUACUACUUUUCUUGAAAAGUAUCUGAGUGAGGAAAAAGAGAUGUACAUCCUUAAGAAAUUAAAAAGAAUAAAUUAUAUUUGUUGCUUGC